CUGACUGCGGUACAUCAGUUAAUAUUUAACUUUAACAUUCUACCUACCAUACUAACUUGUUCGUACAAGCAGCAAUCUAAGUACAGAUACUAUUUAUCAACACGAUAUUGUUACGUAAAGUGUGUGGUCCGGGACGCUUUGACCAGACUGAUGUAGGAUUUCUUAACAGUUUAGUGACAUAUAAAAACUGCUAUAAUAAAACGAUUAGGGAUAAUGCUCGAAUACACCAACGUUUUGACCACAAUAAUCAAAUACACCAACGUUUUGAACACGAAAAUAAAUACACCAACGUUAUACUCGCAUACACACAACGAGAACUACCGAUCUUAUCCAAUACUCGGGCGGAUGUGAGAAACAGGAGAAAAGGGCGCACUGGCGCGACGACGACCAAUCAUGCUCAAAGGUGGUUUUGCGAGAGACGUAUCAACCCAAUACAAAAGUCAUUAACAACGUAAGCAAAACUAGAAACAGUGCAGAAAAACCCACAGCAAAACACAGAAAGAAACAAUACGUCACGAUAACAUGGACGAAGGCUUGCAAAGUUGUUUUAAUUACUGGCAGUUCGAGGGGAAUUGGGAGCUGCGAUUGCUGAAUUAUUUGCAAAGCAAGGUGCUUUGUUAUCAAUCACCGGUCGUAAUAAAGAUAAGUUAAGUGAGGUUGCCAAGAAGUGCAAAGAAAAUGGAUCGAAACAGGUUUUGGAAACAAUAGCAGAUCUUACAAAGGAGGAAGAGAUGGACAAAUUAUUGGAAGAAACGAUUAAAACAUUCGGAAAAUUGGAUGUUCUUGUAAACAACGCUGGGAUUGUAUCAAUGACGUCUGUUGAAGACUACACAGGAGAAUCGUUCGACAAGAUUUUAUCAAUUAACCUCAAAGCUCCAAUAUAUUUGACAAAGAUCGCGAAACCCCACCUUGCAUUGACAAAGGGCAAUAUAGUAAAUAUGUCAAGUGUUUCUGCUACACGUCUUACAGAAGGUUACUCCAUGUAUGGUAUUACGAAGAGUGGACUCAGCUACUUUACGAAAGCAACAGCUGCAAGUUUUGCAAAAGAUGGCAUAAGAUGCAACGCGAUAUGUCCCGGGUUGAUUGCCACAGACAUACAUGGAAACUUAAUGUCAAAAGAACUUAUACAAACUGCGCUCACAGUCGAAGCAUCUUUGCUUAACGGGAAAGUAGCAACAGUAGAAGAUGUUGCCAAUAUGGCCGUAUUUCUCGCCUCGGAGAAAGCUGCCAUGGUAACAGGGGAAUGCAUUGUGAUUGAUGGAGGACGGUACAUCACAAAAAUAAAUGAAUGAUCAUAAACCAAAUAUUAUUAAUAAACACAUGAGGCGGCAUUUCCGUUUUGUAGUAAUGACUGUAAUUAAAUUCCACGUACUUAAAUAACUUCAUAUUGUUAUUUACAACGUAUAUAGCGCGUGUUCAUAUAUAACUCAUUUUAAUGCAUUUACAAAAAUAAACAAAAGUUCUGCCUG